AUGAAAGUGAGGAGAGAGAUAGUACAAAUACCCAAAGAGAAAAAUAAGAAGAAAAAGUGUUGCUCCUCCUUCUGCAGAAAGAUUAAAAGUGCUUAAAAAAUAAUAAAAUUAAGAUUUGAAGCUGUAGACGCUUAUCAAAUAGUAAAAACAGUUGUUAAUUCAUUUAUGAUCCCAUUUCAAGUAGCCUUUGAUGCACCAUUUACGAACACUACCCUUUUUGAUUUGGCUACUGAUGCGAUUAAUUACUUGUUCUUGCUUGAUAUUUUGAUAACAUUUCGAACUUCAAGACUAAAUCUAUUAACAGGAGAAGAAAUUAAAGAUCCUAAGUUAAUUGCAAAAGACUAUAUAUUAUCUUGGAGCUUUUGGAUUGAUUUGAUUAGUUUCAUACCUAUAGAUAAGUUAGGUACCUCUGACACUCUUUCAUUGUUUAAUAUUCUUAAGACUAUUUUGAAACUGCUGAAUAUUAUAUUUAUCUAAUUAGUAGUUAUUCAUAUGCUGGGUUGUCUAUACUAUUAUGUAUGCACUAUAAACAAAACAUGGUAUCCACCAUCAGAUUCUUUACAGCCUGAUGCUCUUAAUUUUUACAAUGAUCAGGAUUAUGUAGAGAAAUAUUGGACUGCGAUUUACUAUGCUGUUUUGAUAUAUUCAGUCAAUGAUAUAGGAGCAACAGCUGUAGUAGAGAGAGCACUUGUUGGGUACUUAGGGAUAUUUUUCGCCAUUUUUAACGCAAAUAUGUUUGGACUUAUAUCAAUGCUUAUUUAAGAUCUAAAUUAAGGUAAAUAUAUCUAUCUAGCCGAGACAUAAACUGCAGCAGCUGCAAUGAACACAUUCAAACUACCUACUACUAUAGAGAGAUUAGUUAAAAAUUAUAUAGUUAUGACAUAAAAAUAAAGAGCGUAACCAUAAGAAUUAAAAAGUUUUCUUGAUAAAAUUUCUAAUAGUUUAAAACUUAAAGUUUACAUUCAUGAAUUAUAGCCAUUGUUUUUGACAAAUAUUUAUAUCGGUCAAGUUUUUAAAAAUACACACCAGUCUACAAUUGAUUAAAUGAUUAAGCAUAUGAACUUGAAUCUUGCAUACCCUGAAGAAAUCAUAUUAACACAAGGUGAUACUAUACUAGUCUCAGGAAUUUGCAAUGUAAUUUAAAAAGAUUAAAUCAAGAAUGAAGAUUAAGUAAUAAGGUAGCUAAAGAAAAAUGAAUUCUUCGGACUACAAAUAUUUUUGGGAAAUCAUGCAGAAACAUCCUCGAAUUUUAAAAUAUAUUUUUUCAAGAAGCUAUCUGAAGAUGAUAAAGAUUCCUUGAUCUUUAACUUCAAGAUAGUAAACUUUGAGAAAGGAAAUAUGAUUCUAAACCCAGGAGAUAUAUCUCAGAGCUUAAUGUUAGUUUCAAAAGGAAUUGUUGAGGUUUAUACGCAUGUUAAUAAAAAUACUGAGUUUCCUAUAGAGUUCUUAAGAAGAGGAGCAGUAAUUUGUCAUCACUUGUUUCUUUUCAAGAAGCCAGUUCUUCUACCAUUUAGAUGCUAGACAAAUGUGGAGUUAAUGGUCUUAUCACUAAAUAAAGUAUAGCUAUUAAUAAGGAAAAAUCCAAACAGUUCUUUAAAUCUAGAGAUGCAGAAAAUAUUUUAAGACUUUGCUACAUUAGGAUAUGAUAGACUUUUUAUGGAUUGUUUAGCUGGUUUCUAAACAGACAAUAGGAAAGAUCCUGCUAAAUACGAAAGAAAUUGCAUAUAAAAUAGAAUCAUUAAGAAUUCUGGGAUUUUUGUAUUAACAAAUUACAGAGAAAAAAAUAAGAAACCCCAAAUCAAUGAGAUAUUGAGAGAUUUGAUUCAGAAAAAGAAGGAGAUGAUUAAAUUAUAGAAGAAUAAUCUAGCUUCUCUAAUGAAAAAUUAUGGAAAAAAUGGAGCAAAAAACAAAGAAGUCAUUGAAAUUGUAACUCCUCCUUCUGAAGUCAAGAAGAUAUAGAUAUUUGUAUACAAUAUCUAAAGAUAGGUACAGUAUUAGGCACAGCAGAUAGAGUCUAUAUCUAGAAGAUUCAAAUUUGCAUUUAAUGAUGGUACAGGUCUUUAAGGAUUCAUAAAAAGAGAGAAAUUCAAGUAAAAGAGAGGUCAAUAGAUUAUAUUUGGAAAUCUAGAAGAUGAAAUUUACAACUAGUUCUAUACGAAUGAAACCUUAAAUGAUGAUACUGGAAAAAUAGGAAAAUCCUUAUUCUCAUCUGCUAACAAGAAGAUCUAAUUAGAAUCUCAAUAAAUUACUUUAAAUAAUGAAGAAAACAAAACAUUUUCUUUUAAAUUUGAGGACACUGAUAUUCUUUCUAGGCUUGCAAAAUAAUCUACCCUUAACUCUAAAUCCCCAACAAUUCAUUAAAAAGUGUAAAGCUUGACUAAUCCAAAUAAUGAUUAUGAAUAAUUUAAUACAUCACAUGUAUCUAAUCACAUAGCUGAUGAAUCAAUUUUAGACACUUUAGAAAAUGACAGAGUUAUAUCUGUAAAAGAAAUGUUGCAAAGCAAGUUAAUUGAAAAUCUAAAAUAACAGACAAUGCUCAAAGCAAAAAUAUCUUAAUAGAGUAAAUCUCCUUAAAAUACAACUCGAUAACUACAGUAAAUGCCAACAAUUCAAAAUUUAUCUCCUAUUAGUGAAAAAGCUGAUAAAUUCUUUAAUUCCCCAUUCACAUAGAAUUAUGAGAAGAGGAAAUUACUUGAAAAUUUUCUUCUUGAAUAGGAAAAUUAAGUGGAUAGGGACAAUGAUAUUUUUGGCAAGAGACUGAGGAAUAUGAUUAUUGUGCCUAAUUUUAAAAAUGAAAUUAAGAAAGAGCUAGAGAGCCUUGGAAUGAAUUUUUCACAAGAAGCAAAAAGAAAUGAUAAGCAUCUUUUAGGUGUGGAAUGGCAUUAAUAGCAGUAACAAAAUGAAAGUAAAUCUCAAUUUAGUGAUUAAAGUAUAAAUAACUCGAAGCAAGUGUAUAAUCAAAGAGAUAUAAGACUAAUCAAGAAUGAAUUACAAGAUUUUGAAAAAAAUAUCAUCCCUAAUACACCUAGCUUUUAAGUCAAAGAAGAUCUUUAAAGAUAUGAAGUAGAUAUUGCUGAUAGAGGAAAUUAGCAAAGGUAAGGAAAAAUUGUCAAAAAGAAAAAGAAAAAAGUUCACUCACAGUCUGGCUAACGCAAAAACGCCUAAUUAUGGGAGAAUGAAAAUAUUUAAUUUUGA